ACUAAAACAAAAAAUCAAUGACAGUGAAGUCUGCAUAUUGAUAGGCAAAUUUUAGCGAAAAGUUUCUUCUCUAGUUUUAUUUGUGUAUUUUUAGAAAUUACAACCCAGCACAAUGGUUGGAAUCAUGGCCUGUACAUUCGAGACUUACAAAAUGCCAGACGGAAAUGACUUAAAAAGAUACGGCGAGAAGUGGUGGUGUAAAAAAUCAACCGGGGCUAGUCGAUGGAAAGGCGGCUAUAACGAUAGGAUGUAUAUACGGGACUAUGGCAGCGCGGAAGACAAUGAUAAAGGAAUAGGGAGAGGUCACCGAAGACGCCAUCUAGCCAGCUCUGACCAUGACAAAACCUGGUGGUCGUUUGAUUUAGAUAAAUGUUAUCGUAUUGAUGUUGUUUUUAACGCUAUGAAUAAAUGCGAGUGGUAUAAUUAUGAAGCCAUGGGGCCUACCAUCACUCUCGAUAAAUUGAAAGCAAAAGAGCUUGAAACCGAUGAACAGUGGAACGAUAGCAGAUUUGAAGCGAGUUACAUGCAGUCAACGCCGCAUUACCAUCCAUAUGUGAGACAUAUCGGCAGGACAUAUAUUGGAAGUGAUUUUGGCUGGUUGUAUCGAACGCACCUGCAGCAUUUCUUUAUGGUGAGAGGCAUAGAACAAUAUAGCAUAAAAAACGGGAUAACUCCAGAUUGGCAUGUGCAGGAGAAUGAUUGGGUCUGGUCGCCGGACAAGACACCACCAAAUCUACCAGCACCAGUAGUUCCUUAUCCACCUGACGAUCAACACGCGGUUCCAGAUGACCCAAAUAAACCACUACCACCGCCGCCGCCCCCUCCUGCACCUGUCGAUGUGGUAGUCGGCGAUGUUGCUCUGCUCAUUCCAUUAUUAGACAUGGCUAGGACGGAUCUGACAGAAACGUUGGAUGAUCUGAAGAAGUGCGUUGAGAGUCGAGGCAACAUGGCGAAGAAAAAGAUUGCAGCUUGUGGGAAAUAUAACACGGCGUUGGAACAAUCGUUAAAUGCAGCCGCGAAUAAGUACUCGAGCCGGGUAUCAUACCUUGAAUUGCUUAGCAAGGAGUGUGGAGAAACUCUGAAAAUACUUUGCACGAAGUACGCUGAAGGUGGUCUCGUCAUAAGACCAGAACAACAAGACGUCCAAGCAAACAUUCGCCGGAUUAACACCCAAGGAAACUUCUUUCAUAUCAAGGAGGUCAGUGGUCGUCUCCCUCCGUUGACCAACAUGCAAAAUCGCGCCGAUCGGUCGGCGCAGCAGACUCUACAGAGCCUCAUCAAUCAGAUGAAGGUGAUUUGCAGAAUGGAAGAAAACUGAUACAUAUUGAGCAAUAUUCAUACUUACCAGCACACAACGUACACGGCACGUAGCGUAUCAGACAUAUUAUAGACAAAAGCAUUCAGACAAAAGUAUUCGUACGAGUAUAGUCGUCGUAUAAAAAGAGUAACCCAAAAAUCAAUUAAAUCAAUUAAAUCAAUGCUUGCUUCGUUGUCCAUUUUCAAUCUGAAAACUGAACGUUAUUAUUCGAAUUACUUGACCGCCACAAACAUUCACCAGGCUCACGAAAAAACAUUGAUCUAGACAUGUCGAGGAAAUGUGUUCAUACUUACAGACACUAAACGUUUACAGCAGAUAGUGUAAUCUGCACAGCAGAAAUAUUUUCUCUGAAAAUUCUGACAUGUGCUGUGCAGUCUCUGUGCGGAUACGCUACGCUGACUGCUUGUAAAUAUGAAUGACAGAAUACUUUUUUGCCUGAUACGCUAUGCACUGAUCACGCUACGUGCUGAACACGCUACAUGCUGGCAAGCAUGAGUAGAACUUAAAAGCUUUACUAACCAAUAUUGAUUGUUAAUGGGAGUUAAUGUCUUGGUUUCAUGGAAUGAAAUUAUCUGUAAAGUUUUAGUUA